AUGGUGGCCACAGAGGAGGCCGCAGUGGACGGAGGGGAUAAGUGUAGUGAGGUGGGGCUUGGUUCAGUGAUGGGGUUUGAAAGCCACAGUGGAGGUCAUACAACUGGUGCGCGCAACUAUCUCCCUCCUUUGCGCACAACCAUCUCCCUCCUUCGUGGGAUGGGGCUUGAUUCGGAGUUGUUACCUCAAAUCCGGUUGGACACAUCUCCCUAG